UCAAAGGUUGCCGACCGUUUUGACCAGCGAUGGCAUUUCCCUAAUUGCUGUGGGGCAUUGGAUGAAAAACAUAUAGCGAUUCAGGCGCCUGCAAACUGCGGUUCAGAGUAUUUUAAUUACAAAAAAUACAAUAGUAUUGUCCUGAUGGCUCUGGUGGACGCCGACUACAAAUUUUUGUUUGUAGAAGUUGGAGCAUAUGGUCGUGAAUCCGAUGGUGGUGUUUUUGCAAGAUGCCCUCUUUCAACUGCUUUUGCCGAUAAUACAAUUAAUUUUCCGCCCCCAAGGCCACUUCCACAUGAAAGUGCUGAAAUGCCAUUUGUCAUCGUAGCUGACGACGCGUUUCCUUUAAAAACAUACUUGCUGAAACCAUUCAGUUAUCGCGAGCAAGUUAUGUCGUACAAAAUUUUCAAUUACAGACUAUCCCGAGCAAGAAAUGUAGUAGAAAAUGUGUUCGGCAAUGUGCAUCGCGUUUCCGAAUUCUCAGAAGGCCAAUGGACGUAAAACCGGAACAUGCAAAAGCUAUUGUCCUCGCGAUUUGUGUCUUACAUAAU